CUCCCAGGAAUGUGGCCUCCCCUCCCCGCUUUCCUCAUUCAUCGACUCCACCUCGUCCACCACCAUGCCUACCUCGCUGCGAUCUCCGGAGGACGAGGGGCCGUCGUCGUCGUCGCAGCAGAGCACCCGAGUGCCUUCUCCGACGCCAGAGCUGAACCAUCACACGUACCACAUUCCGAAUCACUACUCGCGAAGGGCUCUUUCUGGCGGUGGAUCGGGGAGGAGCGGAUUGUAUCAGCCGCUGAAGCAGCACGACCAAGACGACGAGGAAGCGGUUGUGAGCGAUGAGGAGCCUCCGCAGCGGGACGACACGCCGAAUUGGGCUCUGCUCACCGUCUUUGCGCUCUUGGGCGCAGCUAUCCUUUUGCCAUUCAAUACCCUCGUGACGCCCACCGAGUACUACCGCACACUCUUCGCAGCGGACCAUUCGCGCUCGGAGGGCUUCUUGAGCUGGGUCCUCCUCGUCUACAACGUCUCGUCCAUCUCGCUGGGCGCUCAUGCGACCGUGUCCCUCACCAAGACGACUCCUCCCCGCCGCAUCUUCAUCUCUGCCUCCACGGUUCUGGCGGGCUUGCUUCUCUUCUCCAUCACAACUCGCGUGGCGACCUCGGCGGCAUACUACGCCCUUCUCGCCGGCGUCGCCUUCAUUGCAGGGAGUGCCGCCUACCUGCAGAACGCCGUCGUGGCGCUAUGCUCCAUCUUUGGCGGUCAGGCAAUGGGGCUCAUGCUCUCGGGACAGGGAGUCGUAGGCGCCAUCAUAGCGGCUGUCCAACUCGCAGCGGCAUACAGGGUGCAGCGAGCUGACCCCUCAGGCGCGGCUACCGCCUUGUUCGCCUUCGCUACCGCCUUUAUGGCUUUGGUCCUCGCUGCGUUCGCGUGGCUCGUUCGCACGCAGCGCUUUCGUCGCACGUACGGCGGGUACGAAGCGGCUACGGUCGCUCAUGCGGUGCACGCGCAGGGGAGCAGCCGGCGCGACUUACUCGACGUGCAGCGCAAGGUCGCCCUCCUCUCGCUCUCCGUCUUCUACAUCUACGUCGUCACUCUGAGCGUCUAUCCAGCCUUGACCGCCAGGGUUAUCUCGCACGGAGAUACUCCGCCGCUCGUCUUCAUCGCCUGGCACCUUCUCGCCUUCAAUCUCAGCGACGUGGCGGGGCGAACCCUGCCCUCCAUCACUGGCCCGCUCCUUUCCAACCCCAAGAUCAUCGCCGUCGCCGUUCUUGCUCGAACAGCCUUCGUGCCCGCGUUCCUGGCUUGCAACUUCGGCAAGGGUGGCGGCGGCCUGCCGGACUGGUUCUUCUUCGCGUGCGUCGUGGCGUUUGGACUCAGCAACGGCCUGCUGUCCACGAGCAUAUUUGUGUGCGCUGCAGAGGACGGUGAGAUGGAGGACACGCAGCGCGCUUCGGCGGGGGCCAUCUUGAGCUUUUGGUUGACAAUCGGGCUCGCAGCGGGGAGCGCAUUGAGCUUUGCUGUGGUGGCAAUGGCGGCGUGAGGCGGCGCGUGGACUUGUAAAUACCGAAUCGAUACCCAGACGUGGCCGCAUUCAUUUGCUUCGAUUUCGCGGCGGCCCGCCGUUCCUGGCUGACGCGCAGGGGGCAUACAGGCUGGCCUGACGCCUCCCA